AUGCCCCCCCACCUCUAUCUCCCUUUGCCCUCCCUCUCUAAACUCCGCCCCAACCAAUCCCGCGUUCCGCGAAUCUCCCCUGAACUGACGGGCCGUGGCUCUCUCCAGUGGCCAUCUGCGGGGGUGUCGACGGGUACCCCCCCAUGUCGGCCAGCGCUCAGCCUCCCCGCCUCCUAUUCCCCUACGCCCGGAAACCGCGUGGGCCCCCACCCCGUUACACCAGCGCGCCAGGACCCACGCAGCCGAUGUCCUGGCUGGUCUGGCGGGACGCGCGCCAGGGCCCCGGAUAUGUAUGACCCGGCCUGA